AUGGAGGAAAACAGAGGAUUUGGACUUCAACCCAGUCCAAUGCCACUGCAUCAACUUUGGAGGGAGCUAAAAAAAGAUAUACUCAAUGGAUUUCAUCAAGACCAGUGCUCUCUGAUUGAGUUAACUUUCCAACGCAACUGGAACGGCCUCAUUUGGAUGAGUAGAAAAGGAGUUAUAGCCAAAAGAGUGAAGACUGCUCCAGACGGCUCUAUCGAGAAUCAGCGCCGAACGGCAGACGGCUGGCCGAGGAACGAAUGUUCCGCGCUCGGCCAAAAAACCAUCCGUCCUGUCUCGGCCAAAGUCAACCGUCCAAGCUCGGCCGAUCACAUCACGACCCGGGAAACAUGUCCCGCGGUCGGCCAAGCCACAACCACGAAAGCCGCGCACGACCAUGCCGCGCGAGCCGGGAAGCAACGCCUCGCGGCGCGCACACCUCUCACGUACCACGGCCGAUGCAUCCGUCCGAGCCGGGAAGACGUCCCACGUCCGGCCGAAAUCAUCGGCCAAAUCUUCACCCGCCGACCACGCCGGCCGACCACAAAUCAUCCGGCCACGACCGUUCCGACUCCGACCCAGACCCGACUGUCCGGCCGACCGUCCCGACCGACCGUCCGAACGCCGCGGUCGACCCGAAGCCGUUUUUGA